UUUAGAGUUAAGUUGUAACAAAUUAAAUUAUGAUCUUAUUUCAGGGCUUUAUGUUCCCUCCUUAGAAUAUGCCAGGCUUCAUCAACAAUUUCAGGAAUUACAUCUUCAAUAUCAAUCUCUUCAUCAUAUUCAUCAACAGCUUCCUCAACCUCAACAUCAUCAUUAUCCUCCCCAUCAACUCCACCACCUGCAACAACUACCUCAACAGCCUCCACAACAACCUCCACAGCUGUAUAAACAUCCUCGAAAGCAUAGUUACAGUCAGGAGCUGGACACAGUAGGAGGAGGAGGAGGAGAAGGAGGAGUACAGACGUUUAGAACUAGUUGUGCUCCAGCUCCUGGAGGAUGUAGGAUGCACUCCACCCCUACCCGGAGUAGGAGAUCUAGAGGAGGAUCCGUAUCCUCUAGUUCAGAUCCAACACAGGAUAUGGAUAGGUUCAGUCUUAUAUCAGGUUUGGAUCGUAUCUCUGUACUCUCUCAACUCUCUAGUUUGGAGAGAUCCAACGUCUCCUCAACCUCGGCAGCCUCUACCCUGGACAGGUCAGCCUCGAGGUCUUCUCGAACCUCCGGGUCCUUGGAUAGAAUGCUCUCAGGAGAGGAGAGGUUCAGCAGCCUUUCCUGUCAUCCUACUCCAACCCUGAGACACAGGGAGAUGAAAUCUAAUCCAAAAUCUGAACCAUCAUCACCAGGCCACAGUUACCACUAUGAGGAGAGUGCAGGGGGUAAAGAUGAACGGACUGCUGGCUGCUGUAGUAUGAGUGCUGAUGAACCGAGCUACGCGAAUCUAAACCAAACCAAACCUCCAGCUGUUCCUAGUUGCGUCAAAUCCUUUAUGUCUUGGAUGGUUAACAAGGCUGGAAAAGGUACAACUGCUUUACUGGACACUCUACCCAACCUUUCCAAAGAGGAUUUUCAUAUUGUUAUGAUAGGGUUGGAUGGAGCUGGGAAGAGUACUGCACUGUACAGGAUGAAGUUCAAUCAGUACAUAAAUACUGUUCCAACGAUUGGAUUUAACUGUGAAAGAAUAAGGGGUACACUGGGUAAAACUAGAGGCUUAACCUUUCUUAUCUGGGAUGUGGGCGGGCAGGAGAAGAUACGCCCACUCUGGAGAUCAUACACUAGGUGUACGGACGGAAUAGUGUUUGUUGUGGAUUCUGCAAACUCAGAUUCUUUCGAGGAAGCAAAAAUGGAACUUUUUAGAACAAUGAGAUAUCAGGAUAACUCAUCAGUUCCUCUGCUAGUCCUGGCAAACAAACAGGAUCUUACAUCAGCUGUCUCCGCUCACCAGAUCGAAGAGGUGCUAGGGUUAAGAGACCUCAAUAGUUCACUGUGGCAGGUUGAGCCUACAUGUAGUAUUACUGGAGAGGGAUUAGAUACAGGUCUGGAGGCCUUACAUCAGCUGAUAUUGAAAAAGAAGAAGCUUUUAAAAAGAAAUCGCAAUAAAACAAAAUAAAUUGUGAAAAGUGAUUAAUCAAGAAAACGUGAUGUAGAAUAAUGAUAAGAUAAAAGUCCUAAGUGAUAAAUUUAUAGAACUUAUAAAGUAGCUUUUUUACCCUCAUUUAUAUAAUCUUGAAAUAUAUAGGACAAUUAUGUUAGUUGUACCUCCCCCCUAUUCUCAUUACAAAACUUUAAGAAAUGCGCAUUCAAAAAUAAUGGCAAUUUUAACACAUUUUUAGAGAUAAACAAACGGAGUACUCCGCCCUAGAUGAUCAGUUAAAAAUUAAAAGGGUAUUUGUAAAUUGGGCAGUCGCCGUCUUUGCAUAUUGUGUCUCUUCUCACUAGAACUAAUGCGUACAGUCCCUUUUAGUAAAAAAAAAAACAUUUAAAAAAGCCAUUACCUAAUGAUGAUUUGUCCUAAACAUGUGAGGCAUUUUUUGUUAAAAACAAUAAAAGAAAAAGUUGAAAAAAUGGAACUUUAUGAAGAUUUUUUUGUUCUAAAAGUACAUCGGACACGCAACGGAUUGUUAACAUCAUUCUAGAUUUAAUAAAAAGAAAGGACGGCAUUUUUCUAUCUACAGUUCAUUGAACGAAAUACAUAAAAUAAGAAAUAUUCAAUCUAGUUAUGAUUGUAAAUUUAAAUUUCAACCGAACAGAAAAGAAAAAAAUUAACAUUGUGUCAUGUAUAUUUACGAUUAGCUGUGAUAUUAUGCUUAAAAUAUUUGUUAAUUUGAUCAUAUAGGUUAUAGCUAGGUGUUUGUUUUAUUAUUAAAGUUUUAGCUUAUAUUAUCUAUUAUUAGCAAAUAACAAUCAGAUAUUUUAGAAUGUUAAAAAUGUAAAAAAAAAUAUUAAAAACACAACAGUAUCUAAUUGGCAUAUAUAUUUUAUCAUUACAUUAACAUAUGUGCGCAGCUAGAAAUCGGAACUUUUAGAAUUUAGAGUAUGGUUAAUCUUAAAAGUUUGAUCUCGAUAUGCAAUAUGGAAACUUUUAGUUUAAUAGAUCCUUCAAUUAGAGUUAUUGUCCUUCAGGGAAUGACAAAAAUGGGAUAUCUAAGAGAAAUUAGAUCAAUUCGAAGAUUUGCAAAAACUGGAGAUAUCAAUGCUUGACCCCAGGAUUCACAACACAAGCAGAAAGCACUGACUUUGAAACUUUUAAGUUUCUUUA